AUGGCAGAGGAGGCGGCCGUGGCGGGUCUGUGCGGGAGCGAGAGCGUGAGCGCUCCGCAGCAGCAACUGGUGUCAUUUGAAGACGUCGCUGUGGACUUCACCUGGCAAGAGUGGCAGCACCUGGAUGUUGUUCAGCAGAACCUCUACAGACAUGUGAUGCUGGGGAACUACAGCAGCCUGAUGUUCUUGGGUGAGCUAAACUUCCAAUUGAAAACUCAGCACAAAAUGCAGUGGCCACAGACUGAUGAUUUUAAACAAUUCCAGAACACCUUUUACCAGGAGUUACAUCAGACAUAUUAUCAAGGAAUAAACACAGGUGACAAGCUGUUUGAAUGUAGGACAACUUUUAUCUCCAAGUCACACUCACUAAUCAUCAGAGAACUCAAACAGCAAAUGUGGGAAAGCAUCAUGUCCAAGUCACAUCUCAAUAAGCCAUAUGAAUGUACUGCAUGUGGGAAAGCCUCCAUAAUAAACUCAGAUCCUAAUAAGCAUCAGAGAAUUCACACAGGUGAGAACCCUUAUGAAUGUAAUGAGUGUAGGAAAGCUUACAUCACCCAGUCACCUCUCACUGUGCAUCAUCAAGCACACACAGGUGAAAAGUCAUAUGGAUGCACUGAAUUUGGGAAAGCUUUCGUGUCCACGUCACAGCUCACCAGUCAUCAGAUAACUCACAUAGGAGAGAAGCCAUAUGAAUGUAUUGAAUGUGGAAAGGGCUUCAUCUAUAAUUCAGAUCUUAUUAGGUAUCAGAGAAGUCACACAGGCUUCAUCUGCAAGACAGAUUUCACAAGCCAUCAGAGAAGUCACACUGGUGAGAAGCCAUACGAAUAUACUGAAUGUGGGAAAGCCUUCGUCUGCAAGUCAAAUCUUAAUAGGUAUGAGAGACGUCACACAGGUGAAAAGUCACAUGAAUGUACUGAGUGCCAGAAAGCUUUCCUCUUCAGCAAAUGUGGGAAAGCGUUCAUGUCCAAGUCACAUCUCAAUAAGCCAUAUGAAUGUACUGCAUGUGGGAAAGACUCCGUUAUAAACUCAGAUCCUAAUAAGCAUCAGAGAACUCACACAGGUAAGAAGCCACAUGAAUGUACUCAAUGUGGGAAAGCAUUCAUCUACAAGUCAGUUCUCACUAAUCAUCAGAGAACUCACACAGUUGAGAAGCCAAAUGAAUGUACUGAGUGUCAGAAAGCUUUCAGCAAGUCAUAUCUUAUUAUGCACCAGAGAUAUCACACUGGUGAAAAGCCAUACGAAUGUACUGAAUGUGGGAAAGCCUUCAUCUGCAAGUCACAUCUUAAUAGGCAUCAGAGAUGUCACACAGGUGAAAAGUCACAUGAAUGUACUGAGUGCCAGAAAACUUUCCUCUUCAGGUCAGACCUAGUGAUUCAUUGGAGAAUUUAUACAGGUGAGAAGCCAUAUGAAUGUACUGAAUAUGGGAAAGCCUUCAUCACCAAUUCACAGCUCACUAUUCAUCAGAGAACCCACACAGGUGAAAAACCAUAUAAAUGUAUUCAAUGUGUUAAAGGCUUCACCCGCAAGACAGAUCUCAGAAAUCAUUGGAGAAGUCACACAGGUGAGAAGCCAUAUGUAUGUACUGUAUGUGUAAAAGCUUUUAUCUUCAAGUCACAUCUUACUAGGCAUCAGAGAAUUCACACAGGUGAGAAGCCAUAUGUGUAUACUGUAUGUGUAAAAGCUUUUAUCUUCAAGUCACAUCUUACUAGGCAUCAGAGAAUUCACACAGGUGAGAAGCCAUAUGUAUGUAUUGUAUGUGUAAAAGCUUUUAUCUUCAAGUCACAUCUUACUAGGCAUCAGAAAAUUCACACAGGUGAGAAGCCAUAUGAAUGUACUAAAUGUGGAAAAGCCAUCAUCUGCAGUCAUCUUAUUAGGCAUCAGAGAAGUCACACAGGUGAGAAGUCAUAUAAAUGUACUGAAUGUGGGAAAACUUUCAUCUGCAAGUCACAUCUUAUUAGGCAUCAAAGAACUCGCACAGGUGAAAAGCCAUGUGAAGGAACUGCAUGUGGGAAAGCCUUCAACUAUAAGUCAUUGCUAACCAACUAA